AGUUAUUAUUUCUCCAAAUACUAAAAUGCAUUUAAGCUCACAAUUGCAAUUUUAAUGAAACUGUGCCGGUAAAAACGUGUUAAUUGCACUGUUAAUUUCACACCUCUUAAUAUGGACGCGAACAUCAUCAAAGGAGAAGAAAUUGAAAGAAAAAUUUUUGUCAAUCUUGGAGAAUUGACGUAUCAAGCACUUCAGCUUUACGCAGAUAAUAUAAUCCAAAUAGAUGCGGAUACUGGCGAAAAACUUAGAGCUUCGUCGAUUCUCCAACAAGCGAAGAGCAUAGCCAAAUUCCUAGUGGAAAAUGAUGUACAUCAUGGCGAUGCUGUGGCCAUAAUAAGUGAGAACCGAUUAGAAUUUUGCGUCGUAACAGUUGCUGUCUUUUUUGUUGGUGCCACGUUGGCUCCAUUCAAUCCUGAAUAUACAUCAGGGGAGCUUAAUCACGUGAUGGGUUUUUCUAAGCCGAAGCUUGUAUUCGCAUCUAAUAAGGCGAUACCAUCGCUGACAAGCUGUGUUGAAAAUCAUCCCUGUGUGAGGUCGAUUAUUACUUUCGAAAAGCAAAGGGAAGUAGGCGUUUUUGGAAGUUACACAGAUAUCCUUACAGGAACUAUACUUGGAAACCAAGACAUUUUCUCUAUAACCCCCUACGACCCGGAAAGGACCAUAGCAACCAUUUUAUGCUCUUCUGGAACUUCUGGCACACCCAAAGGCGUUAAAAUCACGCACUACAAUAUCACAUCCUGUAUCGAAAUUUUAAGCAAAGUGAUAAAUGUAAUGAAAAUCGACCCAAACGAAGAUGAAACCGAUUCUAUGAUUGGCAUUGCUCCAUUUUUCCAUUCCUUCGGCUUCCUGACGAUGUUUUUGCAUCUGUUAAGGGGGAAGACGAUGGUAGUGUUCAAAAAAUUCAGUUUGAAAUUGUUCUUGGAUUCCAUUCUGAAGUACAGAAUCAGAUCGUUGAUGGUCCCACCCCCUUUGUUGGUUGCAAUGCUUAAAGAUGAGAUAGUCGAGAAAUAUGAUUUAUCCUUCGUUAAAGAAAUUUAUAUUGGGGCAGCCCCUGUAGGGAAGGAAAUUGAGUCACAACUGAGCAAAAGAUUCAAUAUCAGACAUGCUGGUCAAAGUUACGGAAUGACUGAAACUACAUGGGCUGUAAUUUCGAGUCCUCAUGGAAAUGCCAAAGUUGGUUCAGUUGGAAAAGUAUUUCCCGGUAUGAUGGCCAAGAUUAUAAACGAAAACGGUCAAUCUCUUGGUCCAUACGAGAAGGGAGAACUAUGUUUAAAAGGACCUAUGAUAAUGGACGGAUACGCUGAUGAUGAGGUUUCUACAAGAAACUGUAUAGACGAAGACAAAUGGCUCCAUACCGGAGAUGUUGCUUAUUACGAUGAAGAUGAAUAUUUUUUUAUUGUUGACAGGUUGAAGGAACUGAUUAAAUAUAAGGGUUUUCAGGUGUCACCCACAGAGCUAGAAAACUUGUUGCUUUCGCAUCCAUCUAUCAUAGAUGCAGCAGUUGCCGGCCUACCAGAUGAUUACGCUGGUGAAAUUCCAAUAGCAUUUGUCGUAAAAAGACCUGGGCAUAUUUUAUCGGCUGAGGAUGUUCAAAAAUUCGUUUCAGACAAUGUUUCACCACAAAAAUAUCUGCGAGGAGGUGUUGUAUUCAUAAGGGAAAUCCCAAGAAAUGCGAAUGGUAAAGUGUCACGAAAAAUUUUGAAACAAAAUAUUAGAAAGUUGAAACUUAUACAUAAAUUGAAGAGAAUUAUUUGUACUUACUUAUACCUCAGCACCAUAAUGGAGAAAAAUAUAAUUAGAGGAGAAGAAAUCGAAAGAAGUAUAGAAUCAAAUUUAGGAGAAUUAACGUAUAUACUACUCCAGAGUUAUGAAGAGAACGUUUUACAGAUAGACGCUGUUUCUGGCGAAGAGCUAAAAGGUGCUCUUCUACUGAGAAGAGCCAUAAGAGUUGCUAAUUAUUUCAGAACUCAUGGGAUAGGUUUAGGUGAUUCUGUGUCGGUUAUGAGUGAAAAUAGAUUGGAAUUUGUUGUAAUACCAGUUGCAGCUUUUCUCGUUGGGGCUUCCUUCGCUCCUCUGAAUCCUGAAUACACACCCGGUGAAUUGAAGCAUGUGCUGAAUUUAUCAAAACCUAAAAUGAUAUUUUCCUCAGAACUUACAAUUUCAAAGCUAAUUGAGAUAAGAAAAGAUCAUCCAUAUAUAGAACAACUUGUUCUGUUUGGUAGUGAUCAAAUUGAUAGUUCAUAUUUGGGUUUUGACAGAAUAGUUAAAGGUGCUGAAGAAGAUGAGAUAAACUUCGAAGUAGAAGGCUAUAGCCCUGAAGACACUGUAGCUACAAUAUUGUGUUCUUCUGGAACAACUGGAAUGCCCAAAGGUGUUAUGUGUACGCACUACAAUAUGACAUCUUUUCUUGAAAUUGCAAGGGCGAUAUUCAGUAGAAUGCUGGACGAUCACGUGGAUGGUCAAAGUAAUGUUGUCGGCAUUAUACCUUUCUUCCAUUCUUUCGGUUUCAUGACCAUGUAUCUCAAUAUUUUGAGAGGUUCAACAAUGAUAGUAUUCAACAAAUUUAAACCGAAAAUAUUUCUUGAUGCUAUUGUUAAGUACAAGAUAAGCCGUCUUUUGGUGCCCCCUCCUAUUCUCUUAUUCUUAGUCAAACAUCCUCUAGCGCAAAAAUACGACCUUUCGUUUUUGAAAGAAAUCCUAGCUGGCGCCGCACCUCUGUCGAAAGAAACUGAGAUGGAAUUGAAAAAAAAAUUCAAAGUGCGACACGUGGGACAAGGUUAUGGAAUGACCGAGACCACUUUGGGUGUUAUGACGAACCCAUUCGAUAAAUCAAAAUCAGGUUCUGUAGGCGUUGUUGUACCGGGAAUGAUGGCAAAGGUUAUAGACGAACAAGGCAACGCCUUAGGACCCCAUCAAGAGGGAGAGCUCUGUUUAAAAGGUCCUCUCAUAAUGAAAGGUUACAUAGGCGACGAAGAAGCAACUAAUAAUUGUAUUGAUAAAGACAAAUGGCUGCAUACGGGAGAUGUAGCCUACUAUGACGAGGAAAAAUAUUUCUUUAUCGUUGAUCGUAUAAAGGAACUUAUCAAAUAUAAAGCCUACCAAGUGCCUCCAGCGGAGCUAGAAGCUCUGCUACUGACUCAUCCGGCGGUGUCCGAUGCGGCAGUGAUAGGUCUGCCUGACGAGAAUGCUGGGGAGUUGCCAUUUGCAUUCGUAGUUACGAAGGAAAAUGAGAGUGUGUCCGCAGAGGAAUUGAAGGAAUUUGUCGCUAGUAAGGUUUCUCCACAGAAGAAGUUGCGUGGUGGCGUAAGGUUCGUCAAAGAAAUUCCAAGGAAUCCGAGCGGUAAAAUUCUGCGGAGAGUGUUGAAACAGCAAGCUAUAGCUUAUAAGAAGUCUAAGCUGUGAGAAAAGUUU